AAAUAAAAGAAAUACGUGCUCGGUUUGUCCUCUGUCUCUCAUAUCCAAACCCAUAAAAACCACAAGUAUAUAUAUAGUACAUAAAUAAGUGUCUGAGUUUGAGCCCUGGAUUGUACUUUUUACUGGGCUUUGACUCCUAUCGCUUGCUUCUCCAGGCUUAUUAUACUUGCUAUUUACAUAUAGAGAAGUCAGGAUAAGGGUAGGAGAUUUGAGCAAUAAUCCAUCAUGUUUAAGCGGUUACCUAGUCGAAAUAACAGAUCCAAAGGCUUUAGGGUGAAGCAUGUCCUGCAGAUUUGUCUCCUGCUUGGGGUUUGCUUCUGGUUAAUCUACCAGGUCAAGCAUUCCCAUGAUAAGAAGAAGGAAUUUGAUAAGAAUGAUGCAAAUACCUCGAACAGAAAGUUGGGUGAUGAUGGGAUUAUCAAACUUGGAAGGAAGGACCUUCAUCCUGAUGAGAUAACUACUAAAAUUGAAAAGCACGUGGAAGAAGAUGAAGAAGAAAUAUCAGUAGAGGAAGAAGAAAAGCAUGAAGACGAAGAGCAAGAAGAAGAACAAAACAAGCAUGAAGUGGAAGAACAAGAGGAAGAAGAAAACAAGAAUGAGGAAAUAGAAGAGGAUGGAAGAGGAGGUGGUGAUGAUGAGAUAGACGAAAAUGAGCAAGAGAGAAAAGAGGGGGAAGGUGAUCAUGAUGAGGAUUUUAUAGAUGAAGAGAAAGAGAGAGAAGACGAUGAAAAGGAGAGUGAAGAUAAAGAAACUCAAGUAGAGGAUGAGAAUUCAUCUGAGGAUCAGGAUAGUGAUGGAAGUUCUCGAAAUACUCAUGAGGCACGAGAGGAACAUUACAAGGCUGAUGAUGCAUCCAGUGCUGUGACCCAUGAUGCUCAUGAUGCCCAAAUUAUAAGCACUGAAACUGAGCAUGUAAGUUCAGAAAACUCAAAUGAGGGCGCAGAAACAAAUAAUCUUGAAUUACAGAACAAAUCUCGUAACGCUGAGGAGAUUAAUGGGCAUGAAAAAGAAUCAGGAUUAAUGGUGAGAGAAGGUGGAACUGAUGGUAAUGGCACUUUGAUCGUUAUUGCUGGUGAACAGAAGGCUGAUAAUAGUUCAACCAAAAAUGUGGAUGGCCAAGUUGUAUCAACAUUGCAGUCUGAUGGUCAACAGGAAGGAGGCAAUAACUCAUUCCAGGUUGGUGAAAAAGCUACCAAUGGCUCAACGGUAGUGACUGUAGAAGUGAGCCAGAACGUAACAGAAGACGGCAGCCAAAUGUCUGGCUCCUCUCCGCAGAAUGAAACAGACUCUGUAUCUUAUUCAGAUCAUCCUCAAAAUGUAACUAUAGAUGGUACAACUACAGGGGAGAGCAAGAAUUCAGACACCUUGUUACUGGGAGGGACCAAUAACUCUAGCGUAGCUUCCGAGGACAACCAAUCUAGCAUUAAUUCCACAAUUUCCACUGGAGUGGAUAAUGCAAGUGUGGCCUCUGGACAAUUCUUGGAUUCAUCUAAUAAGCUAAAGCCUGAUGAUGAUGUUUCAGGAAAGAUUUCAAGCUCUGAUGGAACAGCUGGAGUGGAGGAGGGUUAUAGGCUUUCAGUCAUGAAGGGGAAUACAGAUGCCACUCAGAAUGAGAAAUCAGAAAAUGGAAGUGAAUCUGACGGAACAGAUGAGAGUUCGGACUCCACAAAUGGGACAGAGGAUUCAAUUCAACAUGAUCCCAUUGAUUCUUCCGAUACCCAUAUUUCCCAAGAUGAGAAAGAAGUUCGCACCGACCUGGGUACUUUGCCAGAGAUAAGAACAGAAGGGGAUGAGAGUGAAGAGGCUGCGGCAGAAUGAUGAUUAUACAUGUUUUUCAGUUCUUUCGAGCACUUUCAGGUUCUCAUAUUUAACCCUAUCUUGAUGCACAAAGCGUAAAAGGUUUUUGCUGAAGUGUGUGAAAGUUAUUGUUCAGUGGCCAAAGAAAUCAACUUAGCAGGUAAAAUCUAGGCUAGUUAAAUAGUAUCAGUGUUAGUGGGUUUAAUCUGUAACACUAAUUUCAACUUCUCACUAUAUACUGAUUUUUGCUUUCAUUUGUACUUUGCUCUUUUCAUCAAUCUUUGAUGUUUAUUUGUACUGGAAAAAAGUAACACAACUAUGUGAUGUAUGUUUUGUGAGCAAAAUUUUUGACUUCUCGUA